UGUCUCCGCUGCCUGGUCCUCCUGCCGGUUCUGGUCUGCCCUCGCCCCACCUGAUGCAUCGCGGGCCCCUCCGUGUUGAGCAUCCUUGGAGUGAGGGUCUUCCACGCUUGUGGUCUAGGCCCAGCCUGGAUGGCUUGGUGCUGGUUCAGUUAGCACGGCCUCUGUGGGAUCUGUAGGUUGGAGAAUACGCCUUUUACCCCUGUUUCUCACGGAUGCUGGACCCCACCCCCGCGAAGCCCCGUAUAGCCUUUUGUGUGGUCCCUACGCCGCAACCUUCAGUGCUGGAAACCACCACUCCCCAAGCUUGGAGCCUGCGGUCAGCAUGUGGGAUCAGAGGAGGCCACCUGGGAGCAAGGCAGGUCAAGUCUGGGCACCUGAAGGAUCUACUGCUUUCAAGUGUCUGCUCUCAGCAAGAUUGUGCGCUGCUCUUCUAAGCAACAUCUCUGACUGUGAUGAAACAUUCAACUACUGGGAACCGACACACUACCUCAUCUAUGGGAAGGGGUUUCAGACUUGGGAAUAUUCCCCAGUGUAUGCCAUUCGCUCCUAUGCUUACCUGUUGCUUCAUGCCUGGCCAGCUGCAUUUCAUGCAAGAAUUCUGCAGACUAAUAAGAUUCUUGUCUUUUACUUUUUGAGAUGUCUCCUGGCUUUUGUGAGCUGUAUUUGUGAACUUUACUUUUACAAGGCUGUGUGCAAGAAAUUCGGGCUGCACGUGAGUCGAAUGAUGCUAGCCUUCUUGGUGCUCAGUACUGGCAUGUUUUGCUCAUCGUCUGCAUUUCUUCCUAGCAGCUUCUGUAUGUACACUACAUUGAUUGCCAUGACUGGAUGGUAUAUGGAGAAAACGCACAUUGCUGUGCUGGGAGUAGCAGCCGGGGCUAUCUUAGGGUGGCCAUUCAGUGCAGCUCUUGGUUUGCCCAUCGCCUUUGACUUGCUGGUCAUGAAGCAGAGGUGGAAGAGUUUCUUUCACUGGUCUCUUGUGGCCCUAAUUCUGUUUCUGGGGCCUGUGGUGCUUAUCGACAGCUACUAUUACGGGAAGUUGGUGAUUGCACCUCUCAACAUUGUUUUGUAUAAUGUCUUCACUUCACACGGACCUGAUCUUUACGGUACAGAACCAUGGUCUUUCUAUUUAGUUAACGGAUUUCUGAAUUUCAACAUAGUCUUUGCUUUGGCUGUUCUGGUCUUGCCGCUGACAUCUCUUAUGGAGUACCUGCUGCAGAGAUUCCAUGUUCAGAAUUUAGGCCACCCAUACUGGCUUACCCUGGCUCCAAUGUAUAUUUGGUUUAUAAUUUUCUUCGUCCAGCCUCACAAAGAGGAGCGAUUUCUUUUCCCGAUUUACCCACUCAUAUGUCUCUGUGGUGCUGUUGCCCUUUCUGCUCUUCAGAAAUGUUACCACUUUGUGUUUCAGCGAUAUCGUCUGGAGCAUUAUACAGUGACGUCAAACUGGCUGGCGCUAGGAACAGUCUUCCUGUUUGGGCUCUUAUCGUUCUCUCGCUCUGUGGCGCUGUUCAGAGGGUAUCAUGGGCCCCUUGAUUUGUAUCCAGAAUUUUAUCGAAUUGCCACAGACCCCACCAUCCACACUGUCCCAGAAGGCAGGCCUGUGAAUGUUUGUGUGGGGAAAGAAUGGUAUCGAUUUCCCAGCAGCUUCUUUCUUCCUGAUAAUUGGCAGCUUCAGUUCGUUCCAUCAGAGUUCAGAGGUCAGCUCCCAAAGCCUUUUACAGAGGGACCCCUGGCCACCAGGACUGUUCCUGCUGACAUGAAUGACCAGAACCGAGAGGAGCCAUCCAGAUAUAUUGAUAUCAGUAAAUGCCAUUAUUUAGUAGAUUUGGAUACCAUGAGAGAAACACCUCGGGAGCCAAAAUAUUCAUCUAAUCGAGAAGAGUGGAUCAGCUUGGCCCACAGACCAUUCCUUGAUGCUUCUAGAUCUUCAAAGCUGCUUCGGGCGUUCUAUGUCCCCUUCCUGUCAGAUCGAUAUACAGUGUAUGCGAACUACACCAUCCUUAAACCCCGGAAAGCUAAGCAAAACAGGAAGAAAAGUGGAGGUUAGCAGCACUCCUACUGCUCCAGCGAACAACCGUCAAGUUAACUAGUGAUUCUUCGCCCUGGACUUCGUCAAACCAUCAUUUGUAACACUUGUAAUAAAGUUCAUCUGACAAAAAUGCUGGAUUCCCGAGUACUUCAGGCAGUCAGUCUACUUCAGAGUCCAAUCAGUGUCCUAUCACUUCUUGCCUCUGUCUCUCUUCUGCAUGUAAACUCUGCAGAUGGGCAGAGAAAGGCCCUGAAGCCUGGAGGAGGCACCCUGCUCCCCUCCUCAAUGUUUUUCUUCUGUUCAAUUAUUUACUAGACUGGAGGAGAGCAGAACCAGCUUACAGUAAGAACUGAAAAUCCCUGGCCGGACUGGAUGUCUCUGUUAUGCUGUUCUCGUUACUCUGGCCUGACAUCCAAGGACUAGCAAGCCUCCCUUAGGCUAUAUGGGCUUCUCCACCAAAGCUGUUUGGCAGCUCCUGGCAGACCUUCUUGUUCAAAUCCUAGUGCUGAAAACAAGCACAGCUUAGUUGCCAACUGACGUGUCCUUUUCAUCUCCAGCAAGACCAAGCAUCUGUAAAGCACUUCACAGGACUAGGACCCUGUCCUGGAG